AUGUCGACAUACCUCCCCGAUGAUGAUCUGUCGGUUCUACCAGAACUUGACAUUCUCUUCCCACCCAAGCCAUUGAUGGCUACAAGCGCGAAUACUGGCCUGCGAAGAUCUCCCCGCAAGAAAAUGGCCAACCAGCUACAGUCGCCUGAGAAGAGAGCACUGCCCGAAUUUGAAGGCCCACAGAAACGAGACCGAAGCGCGGGCACACGGCAAGUGAAGAAGGCCGGUACGCUGGACCAAGUGGCCACAUCAAAGAACGCCAACAGCUCGCUGAAAGAUAUCCCACUCCUGCCUCGCAACACGACCGUUUCCGAGACGCUGCUCACAUCCAAUAACCGCCGCUCACCAACGAGCCCGCAGAGGAGUUCGAGACUGGCCCAUCUCGACUCAACCACGGUACAUUUGAAGACUACCGCCGUGCAACGCAAUGGUGCGGAGCCUGCUGCGCCUGCCAGAGCAAAGAAACCAUCAGUAAAGGGAGGGGCAAGGUCUCUUGUGAAGCCUGAAUCACGGAGGUCGAGCCAGACGACAAGCAGAUCCAAACACAACCAAAUACCACACUACACCAGCAGAUUCGUCUUGAAGGAGGCUCCGUGCAACGACGACGACGAGAACUCCAACGAUGAGGACGAAGACGAAGACACCGAUCUGAGUGGCUUCAUCGUUGCCGAUGAUGCCGAGCUCAGCUUCUAUAAUACUUCCGCCAUGGAGUCGGAAGAUGAGAGUGAUGACCAGAGGACACCGCCUACCCGAGUACCACGAAGGGCUCCACGAAGGCGCUUACACCGUGGAUCACCGACUCGGAGGAGGUUGACCUUUGGCAAUGAUAGCGAGGGAGAAGACUCAGACAAGGAAAACCGUGCGGCAGACGUUCUGGUGAACGCUUUGCAGAACGUCUCGCUUGAAGACAAGAAGUCUACAGAGAAGAAAGAAGUGGUCGAAACAAUUGACAUCACCUCUUCCCCUGCUGUCUCUCCGGAGUUCAAACUGAAUCCUCGACCGAGUUCACCCUCAACUCAAACUCAGAAAGUCAAGGAGGAGAAAAAUCCAAGUCUCAACUCAAAUCCCUUCAACGACUUCGACGCCAUUCUGAAACUGGCUCCGCCGUCGUCCAAGCCUGCGCUCAUGAUUCCCUCAGGAGAACUGCCUUCUAAGAAGGCUAUUGAGCCAGACGGUACAGCAGAUGAACAAGGACCACCAAAUGAACCCGAUUUCCGUUUUCAAACACCGCCAGCGACGCCGCCACGCUCACCCUCAAAGCUCAAAUCGCCCUCGAAGCUUUUGUCACCGUCUAAGGGACAGGCUAUCCCGCAAUCACCCCACCGUCAGAGUAUGGACGCGUUCUGGGAUCAUAAUGUGAUCAACGAAUGGAACGAUGAAUUCUCUCCGAAAAAGGCACCAGCAGCCUCACCUGGGAAGCGAGGCGCAGGUAGAUUCCAGAUCUGGUCCGAUUCAGAUGACAGUCUCGAUUCUUUCGACUCACUUCCCAGUCCGUGCUCAUCACCUCGCAAAUCAGGGUCACCCGUCAAAAGUCCAGAGAAGGAAGAGAAGAAGCGCAUUGCGGAAGAGAAACGGCUUGCAGUGGCGCAAAAGAAAACCUUUGACGCGAAGAAAGAGCAACUCGCGCUCUCCCUCCUCCGCGAACUCGACGAGCACGUUGCGAACGGACAACUCGAAAAUCUAUCAUCCACCACAGGUGGCGUCAAGAUCAUCUGGUCCAAGACCCUGCGCUCCACUGCCGGACGAGCGAAUUGGAAACGCACCGUGACCAAACUGUCUGGCUCACCAAUCAAAGGAAACGCAGACUCGAGUGAUGUUGGGGUGAAGGUCCAGCAUUUCGCGUCGAUUGAGCUUGCGGAGAAGAUCAUCGACUGUGAAGAUCGAUUGGUCAAUACCCUGGCACAUGAGUUCUGCCACUUGACGAAUUUCAUGAUUAGCAACGUGCGAGAUCAGCCUCACGGCGCGAGUUUCAAGAACUGGGCCCAGGAGGCCACGUCCCACCUACGCUCCACGAGCGUCGAUUCAUGGCGCAAAGUCGAAGUCACCACGAAGCACAGCUACACCAUCAACCACAAGUACCUCUGGGUGUGUACCGGGCGCCCACGCACCUCGGCCAUGGAUUUCCUCAAGUUGGAGGACGAUGAGGGCUGUGGGGCCGAAUAUGGACGGCACAGUAAGAGUAUCGAUGUUGAGAAGCACCGGUGUGGGAAGUGUAAAGGGUUCUUGGUGCAGGUGAGACCCAAGCCGAGAGGGACGGCGAGUCCAAAGAAGAAAGGCGCAGCAAGGGUGAAGAGGGAGGGUAGCACGGAAAGUGAGAGUGGCAGCUCCAGUGGCAGUCAGACGAAUCCGUUGCGGACGAUGAUUGAGACGAUUGAGUUGAGCGAUUGA